CAUUACAGAAGUCACAUCAGUCUCCAAAGACCAGAAUGCAGCGCCAGUCCCUCGGAUCGCCCGGCCCCAAGCCUCUCGUCUCCGCCGUCGCCGGGGGAGCCGAGAGGGAGGAGAAGCGGAAGAGCAUCGGCAGCGCCGUGGUCGGGGCCACCGAGGCGGACAAGGGGAUCCGGGCGAGGCCCAGGGCGGAGAGGUUGAUCCAUCUCAUCCCCGUCCUCACCAUCCUCUGCCUCCUCGUCCUCUACCUCUUCUCCCACGAUCUGUCCCUUCCAGAUUCGCAGACGUUGGACGGCGCGGAGAUGCGACUCGACUCCAAAGUGGGGGUUCCGGGGGCCGAGAAGGGCGGCGUGGCGUUGGAGAUCCAGCAGAUCGGUCGGGGGCUGAACGCGGCGGAGGAGCGGUUCCGUCACCGGAAGCUUGGGAAGCGUUAGCCCUCCCUUGGCACGUGCGGCGAGCGAUCGGUGGGCGUCGUCGGAGGUUUGUCUUCAACCAUCAAUUAGUUCACUGGAAAUUGCUAUUAGUCCUUUCUAGCGUCUUCGUUUGCUUAGUUUUGAAUUGGUGUUGUUGAGUAGGACGGAUUUCUAAAAGAAGAAAGAAUAAAAAGGUUCCUAAACCAACUUAUUUCAAAUCAUAUUUUUAUAUUAUAA